GCCGCAGCCCUCUGAUUAGCACCCACACUUUCAGCCCUCCAGACCGCCCGCCGGCACUCCCCACCUCCUUACUCGAGGACACCGGCGUGUCACUUGUUCCCACGCAGGGGAUACCACCGCUGGCUUCUCUGCCGAUUCGCAUCCGCUGCCGCCGUCCCCCCGGAUUCACUCCCCGCUCGAUUUUGCCUCCGGCCAAGGCUUUGCAAAUGAAAGCAGCUGCCUUCCGGAGGGUCAGCGUAAGAGGAGGGGGUGGGAAGCAGUGGUGCUGGCCGCCCCGAAGAUGGAGCCGUUCGCCAGCGGAUUCCCACCUCUUAGGAUCGUGGUCGCAUGGUGCUUCAUCCUGCUACCCUCAGUGUCCAUCCAGGACCGGACUCACACCCAUGCCGAGGAGCGCCUCUUCAAGUACCUGUUCACCAGCUACAACAGGUGGUCCCGGCCAGUCUCCAACAUCUCUGAUGUCGUCAUCAUCAGAUUUGGGCUGUCCAUCGCACAGCUGAUCGACGUGGAUGAGAAGAACCAAAUGAUGACCACAAACGUCUGGCUGAAACAGGAAUGGAGUGACUACAAGCUGCGCUGGAACCCGGCGGACUUUGAUAACGUCACCUCCAUCCGGGUGCCCUCCGAGAUGAUCUGGAUCCCUGACAUUGUGCUGUACAACAACGCCGACGGGGAGUUCGCAGUGACUCACAUGACCAAAGCCCACCUCUUCUCCAACGGCAAGGUGAAGUGGAUGCCGCCGGCCAUCUACAAGAGCUCAUGCAGCAUCGACGUGACCUUCUUCCCCUUCGACCAGCAGAACUGUAAGAUGAAGUUUGGCUCGUGGACGUACGACAAGGCCAAGAUCGACCUGGAGAGCAUGGAGCGCGACGUGGACCUGAAGGACUACUGGGAGAGCGGGGAGUGGGCCAUUAUCACCGCCGUGGGCACCUACAACACCAAGAAGUACGACUGCUGCACGGAGAUCUACCCUGACAUCACCUACUACUUCGUCAUCCGGCGCCUGCCCCUCUUCUACACCAUCAACCUCAUCAUCCCCUGCCUGCUCAUCUCCUGCCUGACCGUGCUGGUCUUCUACCUGCCCUCCGACUGCGGGGAGAAGAUCACCCUCUGCAUCUCCGUGCUGCUCUCCCUCACCGUCUUCCUGCUGCUCAUCACCGAGAUCAUCCCGUCCACCUCGCUGGUCAUCCCCCUGAUCGGUGAGUACCUGCUCUUCACCAUGAUCUUCGUCACCCUCUCCAUCGUCAUCACCGUCUUCGUCCUCAACGUCCACCACCGCUCGCCCAGCACCCACAAGAUGCCCCGCUGGGUGCGCUCCGUCUUCCUGCACGUCAUCCCCCGCUGGCUCUUCAUGAGGAGGCCUCCGGGGCUAGCCCCCGGGGAGGAGCCCACGGGGCAGUACGACCCGCCGGGUAUCAGACUCAGCGCCUCCUGGGGCUGGCCGAGCACAGACAUCGAUGACACGUGGGAGGAGGAGGAGGAGGAGGAAGAGGAAAGGAGACACCCUGGACACGUGACCCUCCAGACAGGCACCCACAAACACAGUGUUCAGUGCCGCUCCAGCUGUAGCCACCACCUGGGCAGGGGGCUGGGGGCCCGGGCGCGUCGGCCGCCGGCCAACGAGGACAGCUUGGUGUUGGAGCCUGGCCUGCUACUGUGCCCCAGGAUCCUGAAGGCCUUGGAGGGGGUGCAGUACAUCGCUGACCACCUGCGAGCCGAGGACGCUGAUUUCUCGGUGAAGGAGGACUGGAAGUACGUUGCUAUGGUGAUAGACCGGAUAUUCCUCUGGAUGUUUAUCAUCGUCUGUUUGCUGGGGACCAUCGGCCUCUUCCUCCCUCCCUUCUUGGCUGGGAUGAUAUAGGGUCUGUGCCCUGCGCUGCUCCCAGAUCUGCACCCAGGUCUGGGGAGGGGCAAACUAGCCGACCUUGACUGCUGGCUCUGUGGACCCCCUUGGACUUGUCCACAUUGGAGGAACGUUGUCAAUCCACGGCCCCAUUUGGACUCCAGCUUCUCUCGGUGAACCCCAGCACCGCGCCAGUUCUGAUGCCGCACGUCAGCGCCAACCAUGUAGAUGCGCACCCGCAUCCGGUUUGUGCCAAUAAGUGACCAGUGCAAGAAGGGGGGAACCAGGGGAACCCUGCAGUGAAAUCCCAUCAUGAUUUCUACUUGAAGAGCGGAAACUGCUUAACACUAAGCAGAUCCGACUGGAAACACUCUGGGAGCUCUCUGUUUGAAAUUAACGUGCCCGUAGCUACCCUGCCAGAGGGCAGAUGUGUCCCCUAAGAUGGCCCUGCUGUUGGAACUUUGCUCACACUGAUUUGGCGACAAGGGUCCAUCUCAUACUAUUUCUCGUAGCCAUAGUCACUGAGUAGAAUUUAUCCCCAGGUCCAAAUAUAAUCCAAUGGGUAAGGGGUGUUAGUGGCCCGUCUGUACCCUGCAGCUGGGAAACCAUAGAUAUCACAGCUCAUGCUUUUCAUUAGGGAGCUCCCCAGACCAAUCCCUGGGCAGCCAUGGCAUAAGCAUCCAGGAGUUAAUGGGGUGAUUGGCACCUGGGUCACUCUAGCUAGUCACCAUUUUCAGCUGCCUUCUGCCCAGAGCACCCUUGGCAAAGAAGAGCUGGUUGAAAGCUUUCCCGCCCCCUCCCCCCCACUUCCCCGCCAAGCAAGCAAACUUUUUCCUUCAAGAUUCAAAAUUUGUUGCCGAAACUAAUCACAGACGUUUUUUUGUUCUCACCUCAAAAACGUGUUUAUUUCAGGUCCCCGCCAUCUUUCCCACAUCCAUUUUCUCAGGAGAAGGGAAAAAAUAAAAACGUAAAGUUUUCCAUUAAAA